AUGGGUUCCAGAUUCCCAUCUCAUCAACUCAGCAAUGGCCUUUAUGUAUCAGGCCGUCCUGAACAGCCAAAAGAAAGGACUCCAACAAUGAGCUCAGUGGCCAUGCCUUAUACAGGUGGUGACAUCAAGAAGUCAGGAGAGCUUGGGAAAAUGUUUGACCUCCCUGUGGAUGGAUCCAAGUCAAGGAAAUCUGGUCCUAUAACUAAUUCUCUUUCAAGGACUGGAUCUUUCGCAGGUGCUGCGUCACAUUCAGGACCUAUCAUGCCUAAUUCUGCAGCUCGGGCCAGCUAUUCCACCUCAGGUCCUGCAUCAUCUGGUGGGCUUUCUGGUUCAACUUCGGUGAAGAAGUCGAAUUCUGGACCGCUGAAUAAACAUGGGGAACCGUUAAAGAAAACAUCUGGUCCUCAAUCUGGUGGAGUGACACCGCUUACCCGCCAAAACUCAGGUCCUCUACCACCAGUUCUUCCUCCAACAGGUCUUAUUACAUCUGGUCCCAUCUCUUCCGGUCCAUUAAAUUCAUCUGGGGCGCCACGGAAGGUUUCUGGUCCUUUAGACUCAAUGGGGUCACUGAAAGUUCAUGGUUCUUCUGUUGCUAACAACCAGGCUGUGACAACUCUUAGCCAAGAUGAUGAUUACUCUUUUAAGAGGAACUUCCCAAAACCUAUAUUGUGGUCAAUGAUUCUGCUAUUUGUGAUGGGCUUCAUUGCUGGUGGUUUUAUUCUUGGAGCUGUCCAUAAUGCUAUUCUUCUUAUCGUCGUUGUGGGUCUAUUCGGCAUUGUUGCUGCAUUAUUCAUCUGGAAUACGUGUUGGGGGAGAAGAGCAGUCGUAGGUUUCAUUGGCCGUUAUCCGGAUGCUGAGCUCAGAACAGCCAAAAAUGGGCAGUAUGUGAAAGUAUCUGGGGUGGUGACCUGUGGAAAUGUGCCCCUUGAAUCCUCCUUCCAAAAAGUUCCCAGAUGUGUCUAUACAUCUACAAGUUUAUAUGAGUACCGUGGAUGGGAUUCGAAAGCCGCCAAUCCUACACAUCGUCGUUUGACGUGGGGACUUAGAUCAUCAGAAAGGCAUGUGGUUGACUUCUACAUAUCUGAUUUCCAGUCUGGAUUGAGAGCUUUGGUUAAGACUGGCUACAGUGCAAGGGUAACUCCCUAUGUUGAGGAAUCCGUUGUUGUUGAUGUCAACCCUCUGAAUAAAGAUUUAUCUCCAGAAUUUAUCAGAUGGUUGGGAGCGAGGAACCUUUCAAGCGAUGAUCGUGUGAUGCGAUUGAAAGAAGGGUAA